AGGUAGAGCGGCACCGGAAGCUGUCGCGUACACACUCGUGGUUUUCGUCUUGCACCUUCCUUCAUUUCCGCCGGCGCCAUAAACGCCAGGCUGCAGCAAUAUGCCCACCGAGGACUACGAUUCCAAGCCCAGCUGGGCCGAUCAGGUAGAGGAGGAGGUCGAAGAUGUCGAGCCUUUAAGUCCACCUGUUGUGAAGGUGAAGGAGAAAGAGAAGGAAAAGGAAAGAGAGCGAGAGAGAGUCCCUGAACAUGGCUUUGUCCUAGACACCCCCCAAGAGGUCAUCAAUGGAAACAUAAAGACCAUCACAGAAUACAAGCUGGAUGAAAAUGACAAGAAAAUUAAGAUCGUGCGCACCUUUAAAAUUGAAACCCGCAAAGCUUCCAAAGUGGUGGCUCGAAGGAAGAAUUGGAAGAAAUUUGGGAAUUCUGAAUUCGACGCUCCUGGACCAAAUGUAGCAACCACCACAGUCAGUGACGAUGUCUUGAUGACCUUUAUCACCAAUAAGGAGGAUCUAAAUAACCAGGAGGAGGAGGACCCGAUGAACAAGCUGAAGGGUCAGAAGAUUGUGUCUUGUAGAAUUUGUAAAGGGGAUCACUGGACCACAAGAUGUCCUUACAAAGACACAUUGGGUCCUAUGCAGAAGGAGCUGGCCGAGCAGCUGGGCCUGUCUACAGCGGACAAGGAGAAAGUGCCAGGGGCCGAGCCAGAGCCAACACAAGCUCCUGUGAGCAAGACUGGAAAGUACGUUCCUCCGAGUCUGAGAGAUGGGGCGACUCGGAGAGGAGAGUCCAUGCAGCCUAAUCGUAGAGCCGAUGACAAUGCUACAAUCCGUGUUACCAACUUGUCUGAGGACACCCGGGAAACCGACCUCCAGGAGCUCUUUAGGCCAUUCGGAUCCAUCUCUCGCAUCUACCUGGCUAAGGAUAAAACCACCGGGCAAUCAAAGGGGUUUGCCUUCAUCAGUUUCCAUCGCAGAGAGGAUGCAGCCCGCGCCAUCGCCGGAGUCUCUGGCUUUGGUUAUGACCAUCUCAUUCUGAAUGUGGAAUGGGCCAAACCCUCAACCAACUGAGCGUGACACUGCUGCAUAUGACUAGAAGACGGGACUUACUGCUGAUCACUUACUGCAUUCUAAUAAAACAUCUGACAACCAAA